AAUUCAAACAUUUCUGUAGGCUAUGGAGCUGCUAGCCGAGAAAGUUAUAUCCUCGGUGCCUGCGUCAGCGCAACUUUCGCCUGGAGACGCUCUUCGAAGGGUUAUGGAGGCUGUCGCCAGCGGUUUACUCUUGCCGGGAGGACCUGGAUUGGCUGAUCCCUGCGAAAAGGACAAUCCUGAUGCUACGGCUGGGUUGAACGCCCAACAACGCGAAGAUCUUACGUGUUCGGCUCAAUACGCUCUUAGGUUAAUUGCUUACAGGCAGAUUUACAAGGUAUUAGGGAUGGACCCCUUACCUUCUCCACAAAAAGGAUUCAGGCGAGAUAGAAUAGCUCGUAAACGUCGUCGUUCUGGAGGAGAACAAGAAGGCUCAGAAAGUGAUUCAGGAAAAGUCAUCAAAACGGACGGUACAGCAAUCGUUAAGUAGAUGACAAACUUUCCAUAGUUUUUUUUUUACAUUGCAAGUAUUUUUAAAUGUAUAGGAAAUAUAAUUUAUUGGUAAUUUUCAACCUCAACUCCGUCUAUAUCAAUAGGAAGAGAAGGAAACUCCUAGACAAAUAAAGAGAACAUAUGUUAUUUUGUGUAUGUUUUGAGAAGCUGACGAGGUAUUUUGUUAUUUUGAAAUGUGAUUUCAAAUAAAUUAAUAAAACAGUUGCUUGAAAAGUAUUCCGACAGGCUUUGAA